GAGACAAGAGAGGGAGGGAGAGAGAGAGAGCGUGUGUGUGAAGCAGAGAGAUCCUCUUCUCUAUAAAACCUCUCUAAUGGUUUCUAUUGCUCCCCUCUCUUCUUAAAUUCUCUCCCCCUUUCCUCUCUCUCUCUCUCUCUCUCUCUCUCCCCAAUGGAAUUCGAUCUCGAGAAUCCGCUCAUCAGCAACGAGGAUGACUUGAUCUCCGAUCUCUUCGCCGCCGAAUCCGAUCACAUGAGCUCGUUUGCUGGAAACGUCACCCAGGCUUCCCGCCAAAACGCGGUCUCUUUAAUCAUUCAGGCGCAGUUCACUUGGAAUCUUGAUCCGUUCUUGAGCUACCUCGCUGUGAACUACAUCGAUCGUUUCCUCUCCAAGAGAGAAAUCCCGAGUGGAAAACCAUGGAUCGAACGGCUCCUCACCAUCGCCUGCCUCUCUUUGGCUUCAAAGAUGAAGAAGGUGGACUUUUGCCUUGCUGAUCUUCAGAGAGACGAGGGGUUUAUUUUCGACGGACAAACGAUUCAUCGGAUGGAAAUGCUUGUGCUUGGGACUUUAGAGUGGCGAAUGAGAUCGAUCACUCCCUUUUGCUUCAUCAAUUACUUCAUCGCUUUCUUCAAGCCCGAUCAGCUUCCUUAUCUUGAAGCUCUCAAGAAUCGCGCUCUGGAAACUCUUUUCUUGGCUCAGAAUGAGAUCAAGAUUCUUGAAUUUAAACCCUCUCUUAUUGCCGCAUCGGCGCUGCUCUCCGCCGCCAACGAGCUCUUUCCAAUCCAAUUUAAUGCAUUCAAAUCCGCAAUCUCAGCUUCUGAAUUUGUACAUAAGGAGAAGUUAUCGGAGUGUCUGAGCGUGAUGAUUGACGUGGCGAUGGACAGCUGUGAAUCGACGUUUGAGAUGAUCUCAAGCUCUAAUACACCGGUUACGGUGCUCCGCGGAGCACAUGAUCUCUCGGCUACUGAAAGCGACCUGACCGUUGGAUCCAAAUCCGACGAUCGCAAUGUUAAGAAGCGGAGGACUGCUGCUGCUCUUUCUGGUCUUAGACUGAAGCCGAAUUAAAAUAUUAAGAGAUCGGAAAAAUGAAAAAAGACAUUAUAGAGAAAAAAUCAAAAAAAAAAAAAACUAUUAUGGUUUGCUGUGGUAAUAUAUUUUGGCUUAAUUUUAUUUUAUUUAUUUUCCGGUUUUUUGUUGUUUCGGGAAAGCUGGAAACAGACGAAGGGAGAGGACAAACGACAGCUUUGGACUGGAUAAAAAACGUGGUCUGUAAUUUUUGCAGUUUAGUACGUACACAAAUUAGAAAUUAGUGCUUCUUAGUUAGUUA